AUGUUAAAAAAAUUGCCUGCUAAUGAUUGGAAGGUUGCUUCGAUAACCUUGAAGACUUUUAUGUCAAUGCUUGAUACCGAUGAUGAAAAUUUAAAAGAUGUUGGUAAAUGCUUGAAGUUAAGUUAUGACCACUUGAAAAAAGAAAAGGCCAAAGAACUCUUUUUGAUAUCUUCCAUGUUCCCAAAAGAUGAAGAAAUUCCUAUUCAAGUUUUAACUAGAAUUGGUAUAGGGUUAAGCUCUUUUGGAAAAAAUGACAAGUAUUAUUCAAAAAGAAUACUGGAAGUGCAUGUUGCUAUAGGGGAACUCAUAGGUUCUUCUUUGCUGUUGAGUGGUGAAAGAGAUCUUGUGAAGAUGCAUGAUUUGGUUCGUGAGGUGGCCUUGUGGAUAGGAGACAAAGAUAUUCAAUCAAUCACGGAUUCGAAAAAGUCUAUAAAAGAGAACUUGAGAUAUUUGCUUUGGAAGAAUGAUGAUUUUCCUAAUUAUUUUGAAGAUCUUGGUUCCAUGUCAAGAUACUUUCAAAUGGACAAACUAAGUCAUUUAGUCUCAGAUGCAACAUUUAAGAAACUUGUGGAAAGAGCCGAACUUCUUAUCUUGGAAGGCGAGGGUGAACAAAGAAUAUGGAAGAAUCUUGUCCCGGAUCUUGUUGCAAUAGAUGAGGGAGGAAUAUUGAAUGAUUUGAUUGUUCUUCAUUUGUGCUCAUAUCCUCACAUGGAGUACUUUGUAAAUGCUAAUAAUCUAUCUAGAUUUUUUGAGAAAUUAGAGAUUGUAGAGUUGAAAGAUUGUGAGAGAUUGAAGAGCAUAUUUUCUAAUGGUAACUUCAACUUAUGUCGUCUCAAGUCCAUAAGAUUGGAAGAUUGUCUAAUGUUGACAUCAAUUUUUCAGCCAUCCACUACUCAAAGUCUUGAGGAACUGGAAGAAUUAACAAUUAAAGAUUGUAAUAAGCUGGAACACAUCAUAAAUGAUGAAGAUGGUGAUAGUAAUCAAAAGAGUUACAAUGACUUACCGUUGUUCCCAAAAUUUAAAAAUUUUCAAAUUAAAGGGUGCAACAAAUUAAGAGUAAUAUUGCCAAUCCUAUCUCCUGGAGGCCUUCCAUCUCUAGAAAAGAUAUGUAUAUGUGAGAGUGAGCAGUUGGAAUACAUAUUUGAUAAGUUCCAAGAGGAGGAAGAUCCUAUUCUCCCCUCACUAAAAGAGAUGAAACUUUGUGGAGUACCAAGACUAAGUGGAAUUUUUAGAGAAUAUGAGCAACUCAAGAGUUCAUCAAUACAAAAGCUAUUAUCUCCACUUUCAAGACAAAAGUCCAACAGGAUACAUCAAAGUCCUGCCACGUGUGCUCUCUCUUGGGCUCAUGCAUGCUGUUUUCCCAAUAAAUGGAGGCCUGCUAAUGAAGAGACCAAUCUUGCUGUUUCUAAACAUAGACCACUUGACCACACAAACCUAAUGGGAUUACUUGUAUCAAAGAAAUGGAUUGAAACUGUUGCUACCAUUGGGAGACAGCUACUCCAUGUUGUUCAUAUCAAGAAGAUGGAACUUGCAGAUUUCUCUUUAAAUUCAAAAUCAACACUGUUCACUUUAUCCAUGGCUUCAAUGAUAUUAUGCGAAGAAUUGACAAUUAGCAAAUGUGAUAGAUUGAAGCACUUGGUAACCAGUGAUGAAGAUGAUUAUAAAGAUCAAAAAAAGUGUAGUUCCAUUUUUCCAAACUUAAAGAAGCUAGAAAUCAGGGAGUGUAAUGACAUGGAAUUUUUAUUUUCAUCCACAAUAUCAUUAGAAAUUAAAUAUUUAAGGUCUUGGACGAUCAGAGAUGCUCCUAAACUAACACAUGUUGUUGGGAAAUACUAUCAUGAGGAUCUUUUAGCAAAUCAAAAUCAACAAAAUGAGCUGUACUUUGAUCUCCCUGCUUUGGAGUUCCUUUGCUUUGAAGGUGUACCAAAUAUGAUAAGCAUUUGUGUCAAGAAUUAUUAUUUCUUGGUACCGCCAUCUCUUCAUACUGUUUCUUUGGACAAUUGUGGCAUCAUAUCUUUUAUUGAUUUUAUCCUUUGGUCGAGGGAAGAAUGCUUGAAUUGGGAAAUCAUAAAGCAGGAAACAAAUGCAUACAGAGAUGGAGUCACCAACUUACAAGCAGUCCAAGGCCCAUUGACUCAAUCAUUGAAAAAUAUCAAGGAUAUGAAACUCCAAAACUGUUCAAAGCUUGUAUCAUUGUUCACUCUACCGACUGCCUCAACGAUUUUGUUAGAAAAUUUGACAAUCCGAAGUUGUCAUCAACUAAAGUACAUUGUGGAAGAUGAAGACAAUGCUCAAGUUUCCACGAAUUGCUGCUCCAUUUUUCCAACUUUAAAGAAGCUAGAAAUUGAUGAUUGCAAAGGGUUGAGAUUUUUAUUUCCAUCCUCAUUAUCAUUAUCUGUGCAACUUAAGAGUCUCAAGUCUUUGACUAUCAAGGGUGCUUCUGAGCUAAAAUGUGCCAUUGGGAAAUACAAACAUGAGGAUCAUUUAUCCAGUUAA